UCUCGUCACUCAAAUACUUAUUUCCUGCAUCGUAUAGCUUAACAUCGUAACUCACUCGUCCAUUUUAAAGACCGGAAUGCUACGAUAUCUAUCGAUUCAAGAACGUUAAACCACACGGGACUGUUUAAACAAAAUCCUGCUAUUUAUUAAACAGAAUUUUACUACUUUACUGCCAGAAUGAUGGACGAGAAGGGCCAAAUGCGUCUCACGUUGGAAUCUGUGCGCGAAUUGAUAACAAAAGAUGAACCGAACGUGGAGAUCAACAGCUUGGAGGAAGAACUAGGAUCGGGAAGAGGUGAUAAUUACACGUCUAUGCUGUACCGUAUUCGAGCAAAAGGGCGAAGGCAAACAGAAAGCAGCGAAUGGGUCAAUUAUGAGUGUGCUAUUAUUUAUAAAGUAUUGCCCCGAUCGAGAGAACAUCGGGAGGCGUUUAAAAGUGAACAACUGUUUCGAAACGAGGUAGCAUUCUAUACGUAUGUGUGGCCCGCUUUGAAUAAGUUACAAGCGAAUCGUAAAAAAGUGUUCAGCGGGGUUGCGAAAAUAUACGCGGCGCGGAUUGAUCUUAUCGCUAUGGAAGAUUUAAGAGAGAGAGGCUUUAAAAUGGCAGAUAGGAGGAAAGGACUGCAACUCGAUCAUUUGAAACGGGCGUUAAAGGCCUUAGCCGGCUUCCAUGCGCUUAGCUUGACUCUUAAAGAAAUUAGGCCGGAGGAGUUUGCAAGACUGACAGAUCCCGACGGAGGUCAAGGUAUACAGGAGGCACUUUUUCGAACGGAAAAUGAAGACUGGUAUCGUCAGUAUUAUCAAGAAGCUGCUAAGAACGCUAUUAAAAUGGUAUCCGAGAGCCUCCCUACCCACAUGGAGUACAAAAGAACAGAGGUCAUGGAGAAACUGCAAGCGUUUCUGAACGACGAUGUAUUUUUUCGCACCAUGAGCGAACUGGCAGCUGCGCGAGGACCUCUUACUGUUUUUUGCCACGGCGAUUGCUGGACCAACAAUAUUCUGUUUAAAGAUGAUGCCGAACCGAACGAAGAGAGCGUCUGUUUACUCGAUUUUCAACUAUCCCGUGUUGGUUCGCUUGCCCUCGACCUUGCAAAUUUUUUGUACUGUUGCACGACCGGGGAGAUCAGACGGGCUCACAUGACGCAGCUUCUUCAGCAUUAUCAUUUCCAUCUGAUGUCUUCGUUGCACACACUUAAUCCAGAACAACCGCCGAAAGAUCCGUCUGUUAUGUGGGAACUAUUAAACGAGGAGAUGCGACGUUGCGGACGAUUCGGAGUAGGUAUUGCACUGGACAUCUUGCCGAUUAGCACGUGCGAGAGUGAGGAAGCACCGGAUAUGUACGAAAGAUCGGAAACGUGCAAAGAGAAGCAAAGUAUGCGAGCACCACCGCGCGGAGGAGCGGAGUGCGCGCGACUCAUGACAGACUUAGUUUUGGAACUCGUGCACAAUCAUGCCUUAUAAUUGAAACGUU